AUGACUCUGCUUGUCAACAACGAUCCAUGGCAGAUCCUGCUCGAGUCUUUCCGCCGCCCGCUCUGCCACUCGCCCGCCCGCUCUGCCUCCCGCUUGCUCUGCCUGUCCACCGCCCACCCGCUCGCUUGCUCUGCCUCUCGCUCUGCCUCUCUGCUGCCCGCUCUGCCUCCUGCCCGCUCUGCCUCCUGCCCGCUCUGCCUGCCGCCCGCUCUGCCUCUCUGCCGCCCGCCCGCUCUGCCGCCCGCCAGCCCGCCCGCCCGCCUCUCUGCCGCCCGCCAGCCCGCCCACCUCUCUGCCGCCCGCCCGCCCGCCCGCCCGCCUCUCUGCCGCCCGCCCGCUCUGCCGCCCGCCAGCCCGCCCGCCCGCCUCUCUGCCGCCCGCCAGCCCGCCCGCCUCUCUGCCGCCCGCCCGCCCGCCCGCCUCUCUGCCGCCAGCCAGCCCGCCCGCCCGCCUCUCUGCCGCCAGCCAGCCCGCCUCACUGCCGCCAGCCCGCCCGCCAGCCAGCUCGCCCGCCCGCCUCUCUGCCGCCAGCCAGCUCGCCCGCCCGCCUCUCUGCCGCCAGCCAGCUCGCCCGCCCGCCUCUCUGCCGCCAGCCAGCUCUGCCGCCAGCCAGCUCGCCCGCCCGCCUCUCUGCCGCCAGCCAGCUCGCCCGCCCGCCUCUCUGCCGCCAGCCAGCUCGCCCGCCCGCCUCUCUGCCGCCAGCCAGCUCGCCCGCCCGCCUCUCUGCCGCCAGCCAGCUCGCCCGCCCGCCUCUCUGCCGCCAGCCAGCUCGCCCGCCCGCCUCUCUGCCGCCAGCCAGCUCGCCCGCCCGCCUCUCUGCCGCCAGCCAGCUCGCCCGCCUCUCUGCCGCCAGCCAGCUCGCCCGCCUCUCUGCCGCCAGCCAGCUCGCCCGCCUCUCUGCCGCCAGCCAGCUCGCCCGCCUCUCUGCCGCCAGCCAGCUCGCCCGCCUCUCUGCCGCCAGCCAGCCCGCCCGCCUCUCUGCCGCCAGCCAGCCCGCCCGCCUCUCUGCCGCCAGCCAGCCCGCCCGCCUCUCUGCCGCCAGCCAGCCCGCCCGCCUCUCUGCCGCCAGCCCGCCCGCCCGCCUCUCUGCCGCCAGCCAGCCCGCCCGCCUCUCUGCCGCCAGCCAGCUCGCCCGCCCGCCUCUCUGCCGCCAGCCAGCUCGCCCGCCCGCCUCUCUGCCGCCAGCCAGCUCGCCCGCCCGCCUCUCUGCCGCCAGCCAGCUCGCCCGCCCGCCUCUCUGCCGCCACCAGCUCGCCCGCCCGCCUCUCUGCCGCCAGCCAGCUCGCCCGCCCGCCUCUCUGCCGCCAGCCAGCUCGCCCGCCCGCCUCUCUGCCGCCAGCCAGCUCGCCCGCCCGCCUCUCUGCCGCCAGCCAGCCCGCCCGCCUCUCUGCCGCCAGCCCGCCCGCCCGCCUCUCUGCCGCCAGCCAGCCCGCCCGCCUCUCUGCCGCCAGCCCGCCCGCCCGCCUCUCUGCCGCCAGCCCGCCCGCCCGCCUCUUUGCCGCCAGCCUCUCUGCCGCCAGCCCGCCCGCCCGCCUCUCUGCCGCCAGCUCGCCCGCCCGCCUCUCUGCCGCCAGCUCACCUCUCUGCCGCCAGCCAGCUCUCCCGCCCGCCUCUCUGCCGCCAGCCAGCUCGCCCGCCCGCCUCUCUGCCGCCAGCCAGCUCGCCCGCCCGCCUCUCUGCCGCCAGCCAGCUCGCCCGCCCGCCUCUCUGCCGCCAGCCAGCUCGCCCGCCCGCCUCUCUGCCGCCAGCCAGCUCGCCCGCCCGCCUCUCUGCCGCCAGCCAGCUCGCCCGCCCGCCUCUCUGCCGCCAGCCAGCUCGCCCGCCCGCCUCUCUGCCGCCAGCCAGCUCGCCCGCCCGCCUCUCUGCCGCCAGCCAGCUCGCCCGCCCGCCUCUCUGCCGCCAGCCAGCUCGCCCGCCCGCCUCUCUGCCGCCAGCCAGCUCGCCCGCCCGCCUCUCUGCCGCCAGCCAGCUCGCCCGCCCGCCUCUCUGCCGCCAGCCAGCUCGCCCGCCCGCCUCUCUGCCGCCAGCCAGCUCGCCCGCCCGCCUCUCUGCCGCCAGCCAGCUCGCCCGCCCGCCUCUCUGCCGCCAGCCAGCUCGCCCGCCCGCCUCUCUGCCGCCAGCCAGCUCGCCCGCCCGCCUCUCUGCCGCCAGCCAGCUCGCCCGCCCGCCUCUCUGCCGCCAGCCAGCUCGCCCGCCCGCCUCUCUGCCGCCAGCCAGCUCGCCCGCCUCUCUGCCGCCAGCCAGCUCGCCCGCCUCUCUGCCGCCAGCCAGCUCGCCCGCCUCUCUGCCGCCAGCCAGCUCGCCCGCCUCUCUGCCGCCAGCCAGCUCGCCCGCCUCUCUGCCGCCAGCCAGCUCGCCCGCCUCUCUGCCGCCAGCCAGCUCGCCCGCCUCUCUGCCGCCAGCCAGCUCGCCCGCCUCUCUGCCGCCAGCCAGCUCGCCCGCCUCUCUGCCGCCAGCCAGCUCGCCCGCCUCUCUGCCGCCAGCCAGCUCGCCCGCCUCUCUGCCGCCAGCCAGCUCGCCCGCCUCUCUGCCGCCAGCCAGCUCGCCCGCCUCUCUGCCGCCAGCCAGCUCGCCCGCCUCUCUGCCGCCAGCCAGCUCGCCCGCCUCUCUGCCGCCAGCUCGCUCGAUUCCAGGUGA